AGAGAGAGAGAGAGAGAGAGAGAGAGAGAUCACUGUUUUGGAAAAAAACAGAUAGAAAUGGUUUGUUCCAAAAUGACCGCUUCAAUCAUGGCGGUGGUAGUGUUGGCUGUGGCAUCAAUCGGAAUUGUGAGAGGCCAAUCGACGCAGACUUGCGCAUCGAAGCUGGUUCCGUGCGUCGAUUACUUGAACUCGACAAACCCACCUCCUUCUUGCUGUGGACCUUUGGCAGACACCGUGAAAAACGAUCUCCAGUGUCUCUGCAACCUCUACGAGACGCCUGGUCUUCUGGCUCAGCUUGGCAUCAACAUCACUAAGGCCCUUGCUCUUACCGGCCACUGUGGCAUCCCCGGCGAUCUCAGCGCCUGCAAUGCCGCGGCGCCAACUUCCUCCUCUGUGCCACAUCCACCAGGAGUACCUGGAAACAACGGCAACAGGAUGGCAUGGACUGGAAUGUCUGGCUUACUCUUGCUUUGUGCUUCUGCUGUGCUUUAUUAGGCAUGUUCUUCAGGGUUUGUUAAAACUAGUGGAGUCAUUCUAGUUUUACAGAGCGGAAUUAGCAAAUUUGGAGCUUGGAGGUUUCUUAUUUCAUUGUUUCCUUUGCUUGAGUAUAUUAGAUUGGUUUGUCUUACAUUGAAUCUUGUAUAUCAUAAAUUAAGUCAAACUUAAACAUAUUCUCUUCUAGAUUAUGAUUCUUAAUAUACAAAACUAUAUCUCAUGGCACUUUUGGAUGUUCCGUGUAAUGAAUCCACUUUGUUUUGAU